AUGUUCACCCUUCGGAGACUCGUCUCCGCCCUCCUCCUCGCCGGCGUGGCUCUGGUCUUCUUUGCGCAGACCGCCGAGGCCGCCAAGGGCCCCAAGAUCACCCACAAGGUCUUCUUCGACAUCACCCACGGCGAUGAGCCCAUCGGCCGCAUCACCAUGGGUCUCUACGGCAAGACCGUCCCCAAGACGGCUGAGAACUUCCGCGCUCUCGCCACCGGCGAGAAGGGCUUCGGCUACGAGGGCUCUACCUUCCACCGUGUUAUCAAGCAGUUCAUGAUCCAGGGUGGUGACUUCACCAAGGGUGACGGCACCGGUGGCAAGUCAAUCUAUGGUGAGAAGUUCCCCGACGAGAACUUCAAGCUCAAGCACUCCAAGAAGGGUCUCCUGUCUAUGGCCAACGCCGGCAAGGACACCAACGGCUCCCAGUUCUUCAUCACCACCGUCAUCACCUCUUGGCUCGAUGGCCGUCACGUCGUCUUCGGCGAGGUCCUCGAGGGCUUCGACGUCGUCGAGAAGAUCGAGCAGGCCCAGACCCAGCCUGGCGACCGCCCCGUCAAGACGAUUAAGAUCGCCAAGAGCGGAGAGCUGGAGGUGCCCCCUGAAGAAGACAAGAAAAAAACGAAAUGUACUUGGUUUGCUGAUGGCUACGCCCCCUGGCUUGCAGGCGAAUACGGCAACAGCGAAUGGGCGGCGGGCUACUCCAACGAGGACACUCCUCUGGAGGUUGGUUCCGGCGAGGGCUGGUCCCUCCUCCAGAAGGGCUUGUUCCUUGGCGUGGUCGUUGCUGCGAUCGCUGUUUACAUGAAGAUCAGCAAGUCGAGAGGCUCCAAGGACACUGUCGGCUACGAGAAGACGAUGGCGUAA